GCCAAACGAUUCCCAUUUCCCUAUCCUCCCACUACUACUUCCACCACCAAGCUACUAUCAUCUCCUGCAAGGUGGACACAGAACACAGAUACACCCUCUCGUCGCGUAGGUUACAAGCAUUGGCACAGCUAGAAUAAUGGCUCUGAGGCUGUGGGCGAGCUCAGCUGCCAAUGCCCUCAAAAUUUCCAGCAGUGGAGCCAGGGCCGCUGCACCUGCCUACUCUAUCUCCAGAUACUUCUCCACUGUGCUCGAUGGCUUGAAGUACAGUUCCUCACACGAGUGGGUCAAGAACGAGGGCACCGUGGCCACAAUUGGCAUCAGUGACCAUGCCCAGGGACAUCUCGGGGAGGUGGUGUUCGUGGAGCUGCCGGAGGCCGGCACGAAGGUGACCCAGGGCGGAGCGUUCGGCAACGUGGAGAGCGUGAAGGCCACCAGCGACGUGAACUCGCCCAUCUCCGGCGAGGUCGUCGAGGUCAACGAAAAGCUCUCCGGGACUCCCGGCCUGAUCAACACGAGCCCGUACGAGGAUGGGUGGAUGAUCAAGGUGAAGCCGAGCAGCCCGUCGGAGCUGGACGCCCUGCUGGACCCGGCCAAGUACACCAAGCACUGCGAGGAGGAAGACGCUCACUAGUGCCUCUUUUGUUCUCUUGAAAUCAUUUUUAACUUUGUGGCAAACAACUCUACCGCUCUAUAUAUCUUCAGUGAAUAAACCAACAUCACCAUCCGUUCGGUUGAUCUACU